CCAAGAGAAAUUCUGGUUGAGUUUUUUUGUUUUUGUGUGUGGAGCAAAUAGUUGAAUUUUGGCGGCCGCAUCGAUCGCAUCUACAUAGCUGGCCAUUGGGUUAAGAGACUCGUUAGCGGCAAAUGCUGUGUGGCAGUGCGUGGGUUUAUUUAUAGCAUUUGUGCUGAUUUUCAAGCAGUCGGCCACGAAUAACCAGAGCAAAUUUCCAAUUAACUGCACAUUAAACGAAAUAGUUUCUCGAUUUUAAUAUACAUAGCGCGAAGAAGUGAAAAGUAUUGCUGCUGAUCGGCAUAGAGUUAUAUAACUAUGUAAUUGCCAGACAUGUCGAGCAAAUUUCAACGCAGCUCCCCCCAGAUGCUGGGCGUGGAGGCGUCUACGGUCUCAUCGACGGCCAGCAAUCAGCCGCGCAAACGUGUGAAACGCUGCUGCAGGAACUUUGUUACCUUCAUGUGCACACAGGUGGGCGUGGGUGCGCUCAUCGUCUUCUAUGCCAUCUGCGGCGCUUUGGCCUUUAUGAACAUUGAGCGCAAAUAUGUGGACGAGACUGCGAAGGUGGUGCUCAGCAUGCGCUUCAAUUGCUCGCAACGGCUCUGGAACAUCACCGAGGAGCUCAAUUUGAUUGAUAAACAACUUUGGGUGAACGAAACGAAUGCCGUGCUGCAAGCCUAUCAGGUGCAAAUAGCGGCGAUCAUUAAGAACGGCUAUGUGGGACGCAGUCCGGCACAAAUCUGGAGCUUUCCGGCUGCCUUGAUGUUCUGCCUAUCCGUGAUCACAAUGAUCGGCUACGGCAACAUGGUGCCGCGGACGCCGUGGGGCAAGGGCUUCACUGUCAUCUAUGCCACCUUUGGCAUACCCCUCUAUAUACUCUACUUCCUCAAUAUGGGUCGCGUGCUGGCGCGUUCGUUUAAGUUUCUCUAUCGCUCCAUGCACGACUGCACCCAGGAGCGCAACUAUGAUGCUCGCAUGGAGGCGCUCGAGAACGGAAGCCUGGGCGCCUUGACCCUGCGCAAAAAGGUCAUUGUGCCCUCGACAGCCUGCCUGUGGGUCAUCAUCUUCUACGUGCUGACGGGCACCAUUAUGUUUGCCAACUGGGAGAAGUGGAGCUUCCUGAAUAGCUUCUAUUUUUGCAUGACUUCGCUGUGUAAGAUCGGCUUCGGUGACUUUGUGCCGGGCGCCUCGCUGACUACCGCAGCCGAUGUGGAUGCGGCCACACAAAAGCUGCGCGAAGACAUUUCCGCCGAUCCCAAUGAGGUGUCCGAUCUGCAGCGCAUUACCGAUCAACACUCCAAGCUGGCCAUCAACUUUAUCUACAUGCUGUUGGGCAUGGGUCUGGUGGCCAUGUGUCGCAAUCUGAUGCGGGAGGAGGUGCGCGUUAAGCUCAAAGAGAUGAAAGAGGAUGCUAAGCUGUGUGUGGAGGAUACGCGACUACGUUUCGUUGGCUGCUGUGGCGAUCCUCGAGAUUUCUAUGAGAAUGAUUAUUACUAGG